AUGCGUGCGCGCGCGUCUGCUGUUCCGCUUCUGCUCUCGCUCUCUCUCUCGCGCGCGCUCUCUCUCUCUCUCUCUCUCCUUUCACCAAAGGAGGGGUGGCAGGUGUACAGCUCAGCCCAGGAUGCAGAUGGGCGAUGCAUCUGCACAGUGGUGGCUCCUGAACAGACCCUCUGCUCCAGAGACGCCAAGGGCAGACAGCUACGCCAGCUCCUGGAGAAGGUGCAGAACAUGUCACAGUCAAUAGAGGUGUUGAACCUACGGACGCAGAGGGACUUUCAGUAUAUCAUGAGGAUGGAGAGCCAGAUCAAAGGACUCCGGUCAAAGUUCAGACAGAUUGAGUCAGACAGGAAGACGCUGGUCAACAAAAACUUCCAGGAGCUUAGAGGGAAGAUGGAGUCCCUUCAGCCGCUCAUCCCAGUGCUGGAGCAGUAUAAGACGGACGCCAAGCUCAUUUCUCAGUUCAAAGAGGAGAUCCGGAAUCUGUCUGGCGUGUUGAUGGGCAUCCAGGAGGAGAUGGGAGCCUAUGACUAUGAAGAACUCCAGCAGAGGGUCCUUAACCUGGAGGGCCGGCUCCACAGCUGCAUGAGCAAACUCACUUGUGGCAAACUAAUGAAGAUCACUGGGCCACAGACAGUCAAGACCUCGGGGACCCGAUUCGGAGCUUGGAUGACUGACCCACAGGCGUCGCUCCAAAACAACAGGGUGUGGUACAUGGACAGCUACACCAACAACAGGAUAGUGAAGGAAUAUAAAUCCAUCAGCGAUUUUGUGGCAGGAGCCAAGUCUAGAACCUAUAGCUUGCCUUACAAGUGGGCUGGAACCAACCACGUAGUGUACAACGGCUCUCUGUACUACAACAAGAUGCAAAGCAACAUCAUUGUGAGGUACAGCUUCGAGACGGGCCGCGUGGUCACCCAGAGGGCUCUGGAGUCGGCCGGCUUCCACAACGUCUACCCCUACACCUGGGGGGGCUUCUCUGACAUUGACCUGAUGGCGGACGAGUUGGGCCUGUGGGCCGUGUACGCCACCAACCAGAACGCCGGGAACAUCGUCAUCAGCCAACUAAACACGGACACUCUACAGAUCCUCGGCACGUGGAACACGGAAUACUCAAAAAGGAACGCCGGCGAGUCUUUCAUGAUCUGUGGAACACUUUACAUCACCAACUCCCACCUGACGGGCGCCAAGGUGUACUACGCCUACUCUACUAAGACCUCCACGUACGAGUACACGGAUAUUCCUUUUCACAACCAAUACUUCCACAUGUCCAUGCUGGACUACAAUGCAAGGGAUCGUGCCCUGUACGGCUGGAACAAUGGCCACCAGGUCCUGUUCAACGUCACGCUUUUUCACAUCAUUGAAACCGAGGAUGACUCAUGA